AUGGACGCGUGGGCGGAUACAAGUGAUUCCGCGCCAGCGGCGGCGAUGGUCGGCGCCGGCGAUCCGCCCGACGCUGAGGAGGACACGGCCGUCGCUGCGGACGCGAGCAUGCAAGACAACAACGGUGACGAAGAGGCGUGCGACCCUUCGUUCUUCGAGGAGGAGGCGGAGUGUGCCGCUCUGCUCGCGCGCGCUGCAGAGCUGCUGCCGCCCACAAAUAAACAACUGUUGCCCUCUGUCGGUCAGGACCCCAACGGAGUGGCUGCCAUGUUGGAGGAUCGCUUCGCGAAGAUCAUCGACCGCUACCAGAACAGCCCGCACCUCUUGCACCCGUACCUGGAGGUGCUGAUACAGCCUCUCGUGGACCUGCUCCUCCGCUAUCUACCCAACGCCGCGGAGCUGUGGGCACGCGAAGCGGGGUCGGGAGCAGGAGAGUCACUCACGGCAGCUGGGGCGGCAUCGGCACCACCGGCGUCCGCGACGGCGACACAGACGCUGGUGGUGGCGAGUGCGCUGGGCCAGGACUUGACCAUGUUCGAUGCGGACGCCCCCAAGACCCCACUGCACAUAGUCUGCAAGGCCCUCUACAGCGUCGUCAAGACCGCCGGAGAGAAGUGCUGCACGAGUCACUUCCCCAACAACGUGGGGCACUACGAGGACGUCUUCUACACGCUUCAGCUGUGGGUGGCUGACGUGACGCGGCAGCGCGAGUGGGAGGUGCGCUACUGCCUGCUGCUGUGGCUCUCGAACCUCGUCCUCGUGCCCUUCUCUCUAGCCCUUGUCGACACGAACGCCGCCGAGGAGGGUGGCCGCUCGGCGGCGGUGCGACGACUGUCGCUGUCAGACGCCACCCUUGUCACAGCAAGCCGCUUCCUCGCCGACACGUCCAAGUGCCGCGAGGCGGCGGCCCUCCUCAUCGCCCGUCUGCUCACGCGGCCCGACAGUGCACGGCAUCGAGGGCUCUUCUUCGACUUUGCAAGCUUCAUUCUGGAGUCCACCUCGCCAACCGCGACCAUGGGUGUUGGCGGGGCGGCGGCGGCGGUGCCGCCAGAGGCGCCGUGGGCCUUCCUCGCCGAGGGCACGCAUAGCACCUUCAGCUCACUCUUGUCGCAGCCUUUCCUGCUGCCUGGCGUGCUGCUUGCGAUCGCGAAGACUAUGAAGCUUGGGCGACGGGAGGAGCUCGUCCGCUUUGCACCUCGCCUGAUGACGUGUGUGGCAACCGUCUAUGAGCAUCACAUCAACGAUAGCCUCCUCUGCAAGACGGCGACAAAGGUGGGCCAGCGGCUGGUGCUGUCUAUGUUGAAGCGCCGCCGAGCCGAGUGGCGCUACAGCCGGCACAUCGCCUCCCUCAGCGCCAACCUCGGCGUUGCGGGUGCCGAGGGCGCGGCGCAGCUGAGCGUGCGGCAGGGGGAAGAGGCGGGCAGGGACGACGUCGGUGAAGACACGAUCGGCGGGCUGGACGGAUACGAGGAGAGCCUUGAGACUGGGGUUGGGCUGCUUCUCCAUGCCGUUGGACACAAGGACACGGUAGUGCGCUGGAGCGCAGCCAAGGGCAUCGGCCGCGUCUGCGAGCGGCUGCCCGCUAUGUUUGCCGAGGAGAUCAUGGGUGAGGUACUAGGGGUAUUCAGGAACGCGUACAGCGACGCCCACUGGCACGGCGGCCUCCUUACGAUCGCUGAGCUGUGCCGCCGCAGCCUCGUGGGUACGGCGCUGCUGGAAAAGGUGGUGCCGUUGGUUUCCGAGGGCCUGGUGUACGACCUCAGCAAGGGCACCUACAGCGUAGGAGCACACGUGCGGGAUGCCGCGUGCUACACGUGCUGGUCCGUGGCGCGCGCCUACAACGCUGAGGACCUCGUCAUUCACGUGCGCGAGCUGAGCGUCGCGCUUGUGGUGACGGCGCUUUUCGAUCGUGAGGUGAACGUGCGGCGCGCAGCGGCUGCCGCUUUUCAGGAGUGCGUCGGUCGUCUCGGCAACUUUGAGCACGGCAUUGAGCUGGUGACGACGGUGGACUUCUUUUCGCUUGCCUCGCUGCGGAACGCGUACACGGUAGUGGCACCGGUGGUCGCGCAGUACGACACGUACCGAGAUGGGAUGCUGCUGGUGCUCGUUGGUGCAAAGUUGCUGCACUGGGACCGCAACGUGCGCCAGAUGGCCGCCAUCGCGCUCGGGCUCGUUGCGAUCCGUGAGCCUGCCGCUACAAUUCUCGAGGAUGUGCUCCCGGAGCUGCUGAGGCGAGUCGAGGACACGACAGUGGCGACGCGCCAUGGCGCCAUCCUCGCCAUCGCGGAGCUCAUCCGCAACCUCACGCCGUCUGCAUGGAGCGAGCGUCACAUAGUGCAGUUCAUUGGUAUGCUGACAAGUCUUGAGGCGUCUCGUGGCUUUAGCGCACGCGGUGGCACGCACAUCCGACAAGCGUGCUGCGUCAUGCUGCAAGCUAUUGCUGGCCAGUCCCUGCCUUUGCCAAACACGGUGGAGGUGAGCCGAGUUGGUGGGCGGGUAGACAAGGUGCGCACCCUCGCCGUCGUCUUCGCAUUCCUCAAGGACUCGUGGGACAACAUUUUGGACUGGGUGCAGCACGCCGCUGCGGACACCUUCUGCGCGGUGGCGCAGACGUAUUUCGUGAAGUUUCUCCCAUUCUUUCACGGCAAGGUGUUGACGGAGAUGUACGAAGGCUGCUUGCCGACGCAGCGUGUCCUGAGUCGGCGCGGCUUCCUCGCCGCGGCAGGUGGGCUGCCUGCGACGCUGCUGAAUGCACCGUGGGCACCAGGGGCUACGACAAGUGCGGACGGCGCCACCAGUGGCGCAUCAACCCCUCUCGCGUUCGAAGCGUUUCUCCCCGUGCUGCAGCGUGCCUCGCUGUUGAGUGCCGAGGACCUGCAGAACCCGGAGCUGGCGGACGCUCAUGUCCGCCGCAACGCGGUGCGCGCGCUCGCACAGGUGCUUGUACGCAUCGACCCCGGCGCGCCACCUGUGACGCCGGCGUGGUACACCGCCGUGAUGGAAGGAACAGUGCUGCAGGCGCUGCAAGACUACGCGACGGACAAGCGCGGCGACGUCGGGUCGUUUGUGCGGCUGGCCGUGCUUGAGGAGCUUCCCUCUCUGCUGACGUACGGCCUCACAGCCGCUGCGGCAGUCCCGCUCUGCACGGCGGCCACCCAGACGCGUGUGCUGCAAGGCGUGGUGCGAUGUGUCUUGGAGAAGCUCGACCGUGUACGGGCCGUGGCCGGAGGUGUGCUGGCGCGGGUGCUGCUGGACGAGCCAUGUGACAAGGCGUUCUGGGCCGACGGGGCGGACAAGGAUGUGGGUCUGAGUAACGACGAGCUCAGUAUCAAGACCGAGGUGGCGCUGUUCCGGACACACCUUCGGCGCUUGGUGGCCCAUCCUAACGGAGAAGACAGGGACACUGGCGGCGAGCGCGGCGAACCACUCGCCUGGAACAAUACGCAGCAGGUGAUCAGCUGCAUUGGCCCGUUCGUGCUGAUACACUGUCCUGUAAGCCUCGCCAACGCCGCGAUGGAAGGCCUCGUCGUGGCUGCGGGUGACCUCUCCGAGCACGUGCGCAGGCCGGCUGCGGCGGCGCUGCUCAGCGCUUUCCAUGGUGACCACGCGACGAGUGCUGAAGCCUCGGCUGCCUUGCCGCAGCGCCUGUCUGCGUGUCUCAUGGACGUCCUUGUGGCGCACGAGCAUGAAGAGCGCAUGCUGAAGCCGGCCAGCCGCGUCCUGGACCUGCUCAUCAACGAGAGCGUCUUUGCUGUCGAGCAGCACCGCGCAGUGCUGGAGAUGCUGCGCAAAGAACUGAAGCACUUUGCGCUGAACAUCAUCGUGCUGCUGGCGAUGGUGCCACUCUUGACGAACAUGUGCCGAAGCCCUGACAUCGAGGUGCGGCGCGGUGCGUGGACGCUUGCGCUGACGAUGAUUGCCAGUCGCUACCCCAAGGUACGGGCCAAGGUGGCCACAGACCUCUACGCGUCGCUGCUGGUGUUAACCUCCGGCGCGGUCGCCCCAGAAGGCCUCCCACGGGAGGGGUGCAGGUGCGCAAUGGCGCACCUCAUGCUGGUGCAGUGGGACGGCAGCGACGCUGCGCGCACGCGGACUGCGCGCGACGAGCUGUACAACAUGCUGAAGAUUGACCCCCCUGCCACUCGAGCCGCCAGCGCGGGGGAGUCGGCAAAUAAAGACGCGCAGCGCGGCGCCAUGCAGCCGGCGCGGAGUCAGCGGGGUGCGGUAGCCGCCACGUACAAGUCGCUCGUGCAGGAGGCCGGCUACUGA